ACUAACACUGAUGAUGGCCGCUAUGAAUGGACUGGGACAUUUGAAUUCCCUGCUGCCACAAAGCCCCAGAAGUGUACAGUGUACGAUGGCCAACAGCGGAAGGAAAGGAGAUUAUGUUAUAAUCCUUUUCAAUGCUCCAACGGUUCAACAUUUCACUUGGAUUGCUUUGAUGCUUCAAAGCAUCCUGAUACCUGCACUAGCGGACACCUGCGAUAUGUCUGGAUAUUUAGCUUAUGGGCCAGACCUUGGAAAACAGCACCAUCAUUAGACGACUUUGAGGCUACCCAGCCUAUUCCAUAUGAACCGACUGCGGAUGAAAUCAAGUGUGAGGGCGAUCUCUUGCGGAUGUUGCGUAAGUUCCCCCGAGAAAUCAUGCAAGAAAUCAUGAAAAUGGCCUAUGGCUUGCUCUUGUGGAGAAUCUUUGCGGCCCGAAAAUGGGGGGAGCGGCUGAGCGGCCUAACUGGUGAUCAAGUCACACUCCCGAUAACUGAUAUAACGUAUUGGAAACGAAAUCAAUUAGAGGAGUCGGCAGAUUUUGUGCGCAGGUCAGCCAUCCAGACAGAAGACACACUUACUAUCGCUAUUGAUAAUCUUGGUAUACGAUCUCUAGAAGUGUUGGAUUCUUGGCCGUCUGCGAUAUCUCAUCAAGCCAAACGCCAUGAAGUCUAUGUUGUCGAGAAGAUUUCCAACUUUCAUAAUAGGCUAAUGUUAGAAAAGAAGGUAUGUCAAUUCAUUGUUUAUUAUUUACGAGACUUAUUAUGUAAUAGGGAGAUUAUAUCCGUAUCCAGAAUAUGGACGAGCCUCUUCGACUCUGGGAUACUCCAGCCCCUCCAUCUUUGCAUUCCUGUCAAUUCAAGGACAAGGAAACAUCUCCGCUGCGACUUGGAACCAUCAAGUUAGAUACCUCUCUUCGUGGCCUCUCUGUCUUCUGCUGCGACCGUUCUACCUAUGGCAUUUAUCCUCAUUACACUGAUGAUCUAUCUUCCGUUCUUGAUAUUUUCAAUCAAAUUCCGUUAAGACGACGAAACACUCUUAUCUGGCUUUUUUGUCCACUUGCCCAGCAGCAAAUUAGGGAUGUUUGGCUACGACAUGAUUCCAUACCUAUCUUUUCCACUCCGGCUCUCGUGGUAGUUUAUAUGCCUCCUUUCCUAGAAUGCCUUUAA